AUGAAAUUUUAUCUUGGUAUUCUUCUUGGCCUCUUUUGCUUACUGGCUAUUGCCACCGCAGCAGAAGUUGAUCAGUUGAACGAUGGAGCAUUCGCGGGAUUAUGGGAUGAGCCUGAGAUUGAUGAAUAUGACAAGGAAAAGGUCAAUCAGGAUGAACCAGUUAACCGAGAUGAUUCACUAGCAGAAUCUCAUGAUGUAGAUGAUGUAACCGGCGAAACAACAAAGUCAGAAGAGGCUGGUCGCCAAAAUGGUUUAGAUGUGAUAAAGGAUUCAUCAGAAGAAUCCCCUGACUCAACAAAUAUCGUAGUAGAUGAAACUACUAAGAAAGAAGAAGUAGAUGGCCAAGAAGAAUCUAAAGGCCAAAAUGAUUUCGACGAGUUAACGGCUUUUACUCCAACAAGUAACACAGAAUCAGAAGUCAAAGAAAAUGAAGAUCAAAAUGAACUUACAGAUUUAACCGCUGAUAAAGAAAGUGAUAUCGAUGAAAUCGAGUCUAAUGAUGAUCACUUGGCUAAGAGUGGAAGACGUCGCAGAAGAAGGCGAAGAAGAAGACGUUGGGUCAGUCGUCGUCGUCGUCGUCCUGUUGUACGCCCAGUACCCUGCCAAGCUAUUAGUCUGAAACUUACGGCCUGUAAGAGCAACAAUGCAGCAUUAACAGCUAAGAAUAGACGAUUGAAAACGGAUAAGACUCGAUUGGAAACACAAGUUCGUAGUCAGGGUAGUACAAUCGGCCGACAGAGUGCAGAAAUCACAAAUCUGAAAAACGAAUUAGCGGCAUUAAAAGGGAAAUAUAACAACUUAAAUGCAUCGUAUGCACAUAUAAAGCGGGACAAUGCUCGGUUGGCAGAUCAAAAGCGUUUACUGAUAAAACAAAAAAACCUCUUACGUAUGGAAAAUGAUGAACUAAAACGGAAUAAUGCAACACUACAUACUGAGAAUGACCGAUUAAGAAGUCAGUUAAUAUCGGCUCAGGCGAAUAAUCAACGUCUUCAAAAUCAAUUAAAUACAGCUGAAAAUAGUUUACGAUCAUGUAAUGUAACCAAAAGCCAGCUGCAGGCAUCAGUACUGCAACUUCAAACUGAUCUUGCUCACUGCAACAGCCAGCGCUGCGUGAAUUGCAAAUGUAAGGCAGUUCCCAUCACAAACAGGGAAAUUCGAAGCGAAGGAAAUUCAGCUGACGUACCGGUAGCAGAUGACUAUGGCAGCGAUGAAGAAAAAGUCCAAUAUGUUUCUUAUGAGUAA